AAGAAGAAGAAGAAGAAGAAGAAGAAGAAGAAGGAGAAAGAAGGAGGAGGAGGAAGAAGGAGGAAGAAGGAAGGAGGAGGAAGGAGGAGAAAGAAGAAGGAUGAUGGAGGAGGAGGAAGAAGGGAUGGAUGACGAGAUGGGAUGGAGGGAUGGACGGCGAGAUGUGAUGGAAGGAGGAGGAAGAAGGAGGAGGAAGGGAUGGAUGGAUAGCAAGAUGGGAUGGAGGGAUGGAUGGCGAGAUGUGAUGAAAGGAGGAAGAAGGAGGAAGAAGGGAUGGAUGGCGAGAUGGGAUGGUGGGAUGGAUGGCGAGAUGGGAUGGUGGGAUGGAUGGCGGGAUGGGAUGGGAUGGAUGGCGAGAUGUGACGGGAGGAGGAGGAGGAAGGAGGAGGAGGAAGAAGGGGGAGGAAGAACAAGGAGUAAGAAGGAAGAGGAAGAAAGGGGGGGGAAGAAGGAGGAGGAAGGAGGAGGAAGAAGGAGGAGGGAGAAGGAGGAGGAAGGAGGAGGAGGAAGAAGAAGGAAGAAGAAGGAGGAAGGAGGAGGAAGGAGGAGGAAGGAGGAGGAAGAAGGAGGACGAAGGAGGAGGAGGAAGAAGAAGAAAGAAGAAGGAGGAAGGAGGAGGAAGGAGGAGGAAGGAGGAGGACGAAGGAGGAGGAGGAAGAAGGGGUGGAUGGAAAGAUGGGAUGGUGGGAUGGGUGGCGAGAUGGGAUGGUGGGAUGGAUGGCGAGAUGGGAUGGUGGGAUGGAUGGCGAGAUGGGAUGGUGGGAUGGAUGGCGAGAUGGGAUGGUGGGAUGGAUGGCGAGGUGCGAUGGAAGAGAAAGGAGGAAGAAGGAGGAGGAAGAAGAAGGAGGAAGAAGGAGGAAGGAGGAGGAAGGAGGAGGAAGAAGAAGGAGGAAGAAGGACGAGGACAGAGGAGGAGGAAGAAGGGAUGGAUGGGGAGAUGGGAUGGAUGGAUGGCAAGAUGUGAUGGAAGAAGGAAGGAGGAGGAGGCAGUAGAAGGAGGGGGAAGGAGGAGGACGACGAAGGAGGAAGAAGAAGAAGGAAGAAGAAGAAUGAAGGAGGAGGAAGGAGGAGGAAGGAGGAGGAGGAAGAAGGAGGGCGAAGAUUGAUUGACGAAUGAAGGGGGGGGGGGAAGAUUGAUUGAUUGACGGAUGAAGGAGGAGGAAGAAGAAGAAGAAGAAGAAGAAGAAGAAGAAGAAGAAGAAGAGAAGAGGAGCGGAGGAGGGGGAGGAGGACGGCCUUUUGUUUUUUUUUUUCGUUCGCCGUUCGCGACAACUGCCUAAGGUCGUCAAAGAUGUGCCCUGCAAAAGGCCGAAGAAGAUAAAGAUCGCCGUUAACU